AUGGCUUCUCAGCGCGAAGUCGAAUAUGCCUCGCCGUUGAAUGGAAUCACCUCAGAUGCCGAGGACGACGAGAACUCUUCCCGGUUUUGGAAGCUCGAUUUGGAGCGUGCUCACUUCCGGCAAGAGAUGUGUUCAUGGGCAGCUAUCCGGGACACCCUUCGGUUUGCAUUCUGGCUCGCUGCUGGCUUCGGUUUAGAUUGGUUCAUGGACGUUCUUGCGGAUCAAGACCACUCUGGUGUCGUAGAAGAGAUUCAGUCUCUUUGGCUCCUGAUUACGCUUGGUGGUACCAUCGUGGCUUUUUACUACCGCAACUGGUGGCUUCUGGGCGUCUGCGUGGGUGGCGAUAUCUGUCUCCUGAGCAGGGAUUUGCUGUAUCAUCGGACCUGGCAGCAGUGCGUCAACGAGUAUGUGGAGGUUUCAUACACCGUGAACCAGAUCUUCGCUUUGUUCCUUGGCCCCUUCGUGGCUUGGUGGUUUGUGGUGACAUCCCGCGCCCUAGACCGACUCUAUGAGUUCGUUCCACGAACUGCGGACAUCAAGAACAUAGACAAGAGCCGCGAUGGCUUGUUGCACUUUGUUUUUGGCAGGGACCCGGCGAAAGAAGGCAUUUUCGGCUUCACGGCCAAUGUCCUCAAGCCACUGCUUCAAGUGAAAAUCAAAAGAGAGUAUGAACAGCAGCCGCAGUCGGCGAGAGUGCCCUUGGAGGUCGACUUCUACAAGGAGUACGCUUCAAAGAAGGUUCGGCAGCCAUCGGCACCCGAUCGUCUGGAAGAGUCCUCCUCGGAAUCGGACCUGGACCCCGAAGAAGCCCUAGGGGGCGUACAGGUCGAGACGAGUAGCCCUCUCUUCAGCUUUUGGCGGGCAAACACUCAGCCGAAGGCACGAUUUGAUUGGAUCGCGGGCCGCCAAGUUGCUUUGAUCUACAGCACGCAGGGCCAUCACGUCAAGGUUGAGUCAUGGGGAAGUGAUGAGAGCAACAGUUCCGAAGCGGAGAGAGGAGGUAGAGGUCCCGACGAAGAACGGGUGGCAACUUCUCUGAGCCUCGGAAACACGCACUUCCAGAUCAAGUUGAGGCAAAGUGGCCAAUACAAGCGCAUCGAUGAAGCAAGGAGCUUUCAGCCUCUGCUGCUAUUUUGCUUCGGCGAUGGUGGCAGUGGCUACACCCCAGGACGGAAGCCAGCCGCAGCACGGCGUAGGCCCGUGCUUCUACAAAGCCAGGUUCGACGACAGGAGUGUUGCGAUCAGAUGAUGUGCGCUGCGCUGGCAUUUCCGCUGGUCCUGGGUCUCAUUGUGGUGUGGAAAAAUCCGGGCAAGUGGGGAGGCUACGCAAGCAUCAUGUACCUCAUCCUGCCAGAGAUGGUGGAUGUGCUUGUGCACAACAGGACCAAUGAUCACGAUAAUCCGCUUCUCUUCGGCCAUGGUGGGCACAUCAGCCGGCAAGAGGAACUCCUGAGAACCUUCAAAGAAGGCUGGGACUGUGUGUCGGUUGGGAACAGCUUCAUGGGACGGCUGGCCCUUUGCGAUUCGACCUUCUUCUUGGUCGGCUGCAUUCUCAUCGUCCUGAUCGGCUGCUACCAUCUCUAUGCCGUCACCGAGACCUUGGGAAUGCUCAACGACCUUCUGCACAUUCAUCAAAGGAGGGACACCAGGGUUCAGGCCAUGCUCCUGUAUCGGCUGCACCACAUCCGCGGCCGGAUCACCAACAAGAGGUGCCUGGAGUUCAUCGCGGGGCGAGCGCUACCCGAUCGCUUGGAGCCGGAUGCUUCGUUGUCUUGGUGGUUUGAGACUCGUGCUGCCGUGUUCGCCGACAUCAACUUCAACUUCGAAAAACGAAAGCCAAUUCUUGGCCUCUGCUUGCUGGCAGAGUUGGUGCUCAUCCUGCUCACGGUUUUGGCAUGCGCCUUUCGAGAAAAUGAUUUCGUGGUCAUGUGCUACGCCGCCUCCUACGGACUGGGAUUGGGCUUCGUGUGCCUUCUGUUCAUGUACUUGGGCAGCAAGGUGAAUACACAGCUGGACAUCGGGCUUGAGAAAGUUCAGAAGUAUGUGGACGUAUUGCCCCAUUCGAACUCGGAUGGAUCUCUUCUUUCUGACCGGCGGCAGCACCAGCAGACGACGUUGAAGCAGCUCCGGGAAUAUGCCGAAGAGUAUCCGCUUCAGCUGAAAUUCUUGGGGUUCCCAUUUACACUGAACUUUCUCUCUGUCUUCGCGGCGCCCCUGACAACCUUCGGUGCAACGGUGGGAUUCUGGAUGCUACAGCACACCCUGAAGCCGUUUAUGGGGUCCUUAGAAGGGUGA